CCGAACGCGAAUCAGUUGAGUUUCGAGUUUCGCCGAGGCCAGUCACGACACGACACGACGGAGACCUGGAGCCCGCUGGAAGUGUUCGCGCGCGCGUUCGAACCGGAAACACAGCAAGAAUAGCAACAGCAACAACAACAUUAACAGCAAUAUACUAACAACAACAGCAACUGUAACCUAGUACUACGGCAACAGCAGUCUCUCAAGAAAGCCCAUCAACUCAAGCGGCUGGCCGUGCAUCGGAUCAGGUCGAAUCGAGUGUGGGAGCAGCAGCAGCAGAAGUUGGAAGCAGCUGUGGAAACGACGAACCAAGCUUCCCUGCUACAGCUGGAAGGAAGAGAGAAGAAUUUAUGUGAUUUUAGGUUUUAUUUUGCUCGUGCUUUAUGUACAUUGAAUCCCGUUCCGUCCCGUGUCCCCGAUUGCCGUUCAAAGCUUUUAGGAAAUUCGGUCAAAGAACGAUUCUGAAGGUUGCACCGUCGCAAAGUUCGUUGAACAGUGCCGUACGGAAACUUGUUCAAGAAUAGACGCGAGAAGAAAGCUGAACUUUUGCGCUGCAAGUUUUGUUGAACAAGUUUGUGUGCCGCAACUCAAAGUGUUUGACCUAUAUAUGUGGAAAUCUUGAGCGCCGCCAACCAACAGAGUGUAGAAGAGUGUGUUCUCAAAGGGACUGUCCGCUUUAGUGGUAACGUUGGAGUGCAGCAUCAGCUGGAGUUUGAGUAGCAAAAAGCCGGAAGAAGCCGUCCGGUGAACGCAGCCGAUAUUAGUGGUGAACUGCGUCCAACAAGAACGAAAAGUUAAUCACCGCGUGUCAACAUCCAUCCAGUGCGAUGCUUAUUGAAACAAAUUUCUGACCGGCGACGAAACCGAUAGCAAGUCAGACUGAAAUUGCUGACAGGUUGCGAAAAACCGCGGAAAAGGUCACAGAACAGAGAAACCCAGAGCAACCGUCCCGCGGCGUGGAAUUGGUAAUGCGCGAGCUAGAGUGUCAAGUUUUUAAUUGAAAAAGUCAAUGUGACAAGUCGUCCGCACCGAUCGUAGUGAGUGAGAAGCUCGACAACCGUCGUCGAGAUUUUAACUCCACGUGGGCAGCAGCAGCGUGGGAGGAGGGAAAAAAUCACUUUCGACAGCGACCCGGUGCUGAGUAGUGGGAAAUUUCCAUCACAAAGAAAGCUUCUUGAAGUCUGAAGCGGAAAAGAUAGUGAAGAAAGUUGGCCAAAGCUAGGAAAAGCGUUGGGGGCGGUAGUGUGCGGGGGUAGUUUCCGCGAGGGGGCGGUCCUGUUGCCGCAGUGUGCCGCGAACGAAUCAAAGGUGUCCGAUACCGACGAGAGUCCGGCCGGAACGGAUCACCAGCAGGCCACCCGAUGUAGUGAUAAUCGGCCACCGCCAAUCUCGCCGUCGUCGUCGCCGUCACCGAUGGCAGCUAUUGAUUCAGCCUCAUCGUGGCAUGGAGGUGGAAACUGUCGUAACCAAUGUGCCACCCGGAUUGCCGACCUUGCCAGGCACACACCGCUCGACAUGGACGGGCCAGCACUAGCGCACAACAACAAGCUGCCCCCCGUCGAGAGUGCCACCGUCGUCGUCGAUGAUAGCCUCGGACCGGACGACAGCCUGGACCGGAAGUUCCUAAACAACAACAACAACAACUCGCCGAGCAUGAAGUGCUUGCAGUACAUCACUCCGCCACCUGCUGACCCUCCACCUCCGCCGGCGCUCCUGUUUGACUACGUAGUCGAGAAGAGUGUCCAACAGCAGCAGCAGCAGCAGCAGCACAAUCUCCUAGAUAGCGAAAUAAAACGACUGGAAAACGUUAGCUUUAAUUGCAAUAGUGACGAGCAGUCCGCGAAUAGUCAAGUAGAUGUUCAAGUAGCACCAACCAAUUCCCCUAGCAUUAAAAGUCGGCCAGUAGAAGAGGAGCAGAAGCAGGAGCAGGUUGGACCGUCGAAAACAGGUACCACCGCCGCGUCGGAACGAUCCGUCAAUUUGAAUGUUACCAAUGCCUCAACUAACCAACCAACCAGCAACAGCGACCAACAUACAACGAACCACCCGACGAAUGUACCAGCUAAUAACCCAUUGAUAACCAUCAGUAUUAAUAACCAUUGCAAAUCGUCGUCUACUAACCAUCCCAUCAUCAUCUCACCUGCUCAGAGCAACGACGGAAUGUCCGCGCCUUCCGUAACCAUGUGUGAUACGCGUCAUCCAAACAAAAUUAAGCCACCACCUUUGCCUUCAAUAACCACAACCAUAACCAACGAAAGCCCCGCAACCCAAACCAAACCAACCAACGAAUCGCCCAAAUCCCCGGGAGGAACGUCAUCGUUGGCCGCCGCAGCUGCCGUCGCGAUGGUCGUCACCGCUUCCGCCGCCGCCGCCGCCGCAUCAGCCUCAGCCGCCGCCCAAGCAUGCUCAAGCAAACCACCCAUCCACACUAACACCCCGUACCACCAUCCCCAUCACCCGCCACGUGUCCCGCACGUGUACCAUCAUCCCCACAAUCCGACCGCCUCCCACAGCAUCCGGUUCAUGACCCAGCACAUUAAAAUCUUACCCAAAACUCAAUCCCUAGAUCUGGUAGAUAACGACGAUCUGCUGGAGGCCACCAACCGGAGCGAGUCCCAGCUGGACAUCCACUCGGUAGGGUUGGCCGCGGCCGGCGUCGCCUUUCGGGGCCGGGUGCUGCCGAAGUUGCAAACGCUGGACCAAACGCGGCCAAUCUACCCGAACGUGCCGUACAGUCCGUACAACAGCCCGUACGGCAGUCCGCGGAGUGGCCGCCGCCGGACACCGUUGCGCGAGUCCCGCCGGGUGUCCAUCGAGCAGACGGGCAGCUUUCUGCAGCUCAACCAGUACAAACUGCUGGAUCAAAUUGGCCAGGGUUCCUACGGCUUGGUGAAGCUUGCCUACUCGGAGGAGGACUCCACCCACUACGCCAUGAAGAUACUGUCCAAGCGUAAGCUGCUUCGGAAGGCGGGUCUGAUGCGGCGCGGACCGAAGCGAGGCACGUCACCGCUGGAUCGAGUCUACCGUGAAAUCGCUGUUCUGAAGAAGUUGGAUCAUCCCAACGUCGUCAAGCUCGUCGAGGUGUUGGACGAUCCUCUGGAAGACUCGCUCUACCUCGUGUUCGAGCUGGUACAGCACGGCGAAGUCCUCAGCAUUCCGACCGACAGUCCACUGAGUGAGGACCGUGCCUGGAAUGUGUGCCGGGAUGUGAUCCUUGGGGUUGAAUAUCUUCACUACCAGCGGAUUAUCCACGGUGACUUGAAGCCGGCCAACCUGCUGCUGUCCGACUCGAGUAGCGUGAAGGUGGCCGAUUUGGGCGUGUGCAAUGAGUUCCUAGGUGAAGAUGCCGCCAUGAACAAUGGCUCCACGGCGGGCACGCCGGCCUUCCGAUCGCCGGAAACGCUAUUUCCCGGUCAGCACGUGUACAACGGCAAGGCGGCCGACAUCUGGGCCUUGGGGGCCACCCUUUAUUCGCUAGUCCAUGGAAAUGUUCCUUUUAUCGCUACUUCGGUUCCUGGUGUGUACGAGAAGAUAAAAUACGACCCCCUUGAAUUCCCCCCAACGAGCACAAUCUCGCCGGAACUGCGAGACCUGAUCGUGUCGAUGCUGGACAAGGACCCCCAAACGCGGAUCACGCUUCCCCAGAUCAAGCAGCACAACUGGAUCACCAAACACGGACUGCAUCCGUUGCCGAGCGAGGAGGAGAACUGUCGCCUGGUGCAGAUCAACGACGAAGAUAUGGACUCCGUGGUGAAGAGCAUUCCCAAGCUGGACACGCUGAUACUGAUCAAGACGAUGCUGAAGAAGCACUCGUUCCAGAAUCCGUUUACGAAGGGAAUUUCGGGGAGGGCACCGCAGGCGGGAGGAUCAAGGAUCGAGAGGUUUAGCCGGUCGGGACGGUCCAAUUCGGCACCGGGGGAUUAUCAUACGUCGGAAAGACAACCCUCGAACGAAUCCUUGCUGCCCUCGGUCACCGAGGGCGUUUCCAGUCCCGGCGGUGGCAGUCCCGAGGAGCAAUCCCCCUAUCGGCAGAUCCCGAGCAUCAUUUCAACACCGUCGCUGGAAUCGACGGUCACCGCCGGUCCGGAACCGGAACCGGAACCAGUUCAGCCCGAUCCGACACCGGCACCAGAAGCAGCAACACACACAACGAAUUUACCAAAACGCGCUUACUUAGAAGUUCUGCUAUAGAUUCGAUGCUAGUGAUCCUCCUUACCCCAAGCCCUCUUUUAUUCCUACAUUGUUCCCAAAGAGUUUUAAAACGAAAGCAAUCGGUAAGAAACUACUUUUGGUGGAUAAACCGGCUAAGGAAAACGUUUUUUUUUUUUUUGAAAAUAUUUUUGGUUUUCCUUUUUGUGGGACUUAAUUGAUACGACUUAAUCCGUCUGUUAGCUGAAACAUUGAUAUAAGGUGAAAAAGAGAAGAAAAAUGUUACAAUAGUGUUGUAGAACGUUCUUACUUUUAUAAACAUUGAAUUUUACUCGUACUUAUUGUAAAGCAAACAGAAUUUUGACAGUUUUUUGAAUCUGAUAGUUGAUAUAAAAACCAUACGGAAUAGCUUUGAAAAAAAAAUAACUUUUUAAUACAUUGUUGGUACUGAGAGAAACGAAAAAGAAGCAGAGGAGAAUGUACAUAUUUUACAUACGGUUUUUGCUCUUUUUAACUGAUAACAAAUUGUAGUGUUUUUAAACGUAGCAUUUAAAUAACAUACAAUAAUGUAUUGACCAAAAAUUGAAUGUAUAAUUUAGACAAGUCAAACUAACUCGUUCGAUAUUACUUACGACUCGGCUUGGAAAAGCGAGAUCAUAAAUUCAGAAAUAUUACGCUUUAUCAAUUACAAUUAGAUAUUCAACUAAACAAACUAGUGAGAAAAGUUGAUAAGAAGAAGAGGGGGAUGGGUGAUACAGUAGCUUGUCAUUGAAACUGAGUAGGGAGAGGAAAUAAGGAAUUUGAAUUUUGCCAAAAUCGCAUCGCUUGACAAGCUACGGAACAAUUUUUCAAAUCUCGUUUUUUGGAUCUUAUGAAGUUUGACUCACUCUAAAUAUUAAACCUAGAAAUACCGACAGAAUCUUUGUACUUCGACGUUUGAAAUAUUUCUACUUAGCGCAAACUAGCAUAUAAUGUUGGCAACUUAGUCCAUAAUGAUAGAUUUCCAACCACAAAAGCUUUAACACAAAGAAAUCGACACCUACAUAUAUUUACUAAUACCAUCGUGAAACUUUAAGUUUUGUGGUUUUUGAGAAGCACAUAUCGGGACCAUUCAGUUAUUUAGUACCUAUCUUUCCAAACGCCUACAAAUAUGCCUUGUUUUUUUCUCUAUUUAUGGUGCAUUCAGAAUGCAUUCACAAUACAGUAUAGUUCUGAACCAAUAAUCUUUCAAAUAUCUAAAAACAAACUAUUCCUUAGUCACUAGGGUAACUUUAAAACUCACAUUCCAUUAAGUCAGGCAAAUCUACUGGUAAAAGUUGUGCGCUUCUCUUGCGUUUCUCUAGCAAAACUUUGGCGAGAGAGGAAAAAAUAAAAAACGAGCAGGUAGAUUCGACAGCGACAGCUGGCUGCGAGAGAAUUCGUUUAUGAUUGUUCUUGUGUACAGCGAUGGGGAAAAUCUUCUCAAAAAGAGUUCCACUGCUCACUCAACGAGAGAGGAAAAGUUGAAAGAGAACGAACCUCUCUUCUCUCUUUGGCGAGACUCUGGUGAAAUGAUUUUCCGAGUAAAUUCAACUUUUACAUCGUCAGGUUUAACGUUAGUUUUCAUAGACCAAUGUUUGUAAACAUUAAAAUUUGGCAAUGCAAUAGAGCACUGGAUUCGAAAAGCAAAAACUGCACGAAUGCCGGUGCUUUAUUGGAAGUGUUAAGUUCAAAUGGUAAAUCGUUUGCUUAUUCAAAUUUGUUCUCACUCAUUUUUGUCGAAGUAAAACACCAAAGAAUGACGUUUAGGGAUAAUUGACCUUUUUAUCAAAUCAUUGAUUUUUGUCAUUUCGAUACAUCGUUUCCGUGCUCUCUUGCACUAAGCUUGAGGGAAUUCAAUUCUAGUGAGCGUAAGAGAGCACAGAGCAUCGAUUUACUUAAAGAGUACCUCGUUCUGCUGAUAUAUCAAGUUACCAAGAACCUUGUUCUGAGUGCCUGUCACGACCUAGUGAGAAAUGUAAGUUCGAUGCAGUCCUAGUCCUCAAGACGAUCAGACCUGCAUUGGGCUUACUUUUCUUACUAGGUUGUCACAGGAACUCAGAACAAGGUUCAAAGUAACUUGAUACAUCAGGAAAGGCACUCAUAAAGUAAAUGUCAAAAAUCAAAACUCCGAUAAAAAAAAUCAAUUCCAUCGCUGCUCACAAGAAAGCUUGUAACAGCUACGCAUACUCGCAAGAAAGUUAAGGAGGUAUUACACUACAUCAAUUUCUGUGUUUGACGGUAUAUCUUCUUUUCCAUUUUUGUUUGAUAAAACAUUUAUCUGCAUCCAUUUGGCCAGCACUCGUUUGACCGAAGACAUAUUGUAAUAAAAAUAUGAUCAAAUUUUGUAAUACCUUUUAAACAAGCAUAUGUUUAAAAUUGUACAUUCAAAAAUUAUUUUCAUAGAUGUAUUUUCGAUUUUGAACUAACGUCGGUGUAUUUUGGAGCAUUAGUUUGCAGUAUAAAUUUUUAAUUUUACGCAACACAAAAAGAAAUAAUACCCACAAAAAGCUCUAUCCAGCUCACGAUCUAGAAAAAAGCUCAUUCAAAACAAAUGGGGUCAAGCACAACUGUACACAAAAAAACAAACGCAUCAAAUUUCAGUGCAAUGCAAAAAUUUGGAAGUGCCUGACUCCAUUCACUUGACAUAAUAUCUACGCAUAUCAACAACAAAAUAAGACAUUACCACUCAUGCACGUGACAUCCUUUCUGUAACACAUUUAACUAUUUUAAAAGACAGAUUUCAUAUGCACUACACAUUUGCUAUCGAUACACGUUCAAACAACUAUUUGCAAAAAAAAGAAGAAAACUUUUCGCAUGAGUCCGAAGGUACCAAAUAAAAAGUAAAGUUAAAAAUAAAAUAAUGUAAAACUAAAAUAAUAAAAAAUUCCACUUCUUCUUGCAGAAUUCUCUAUUUACAUGUUGAAAACAUUUACCCAGUUGUACGUAAUACUAGCACAAAGUAGUUAACUACCUAUACCGAAACAACAACAAAAAACAAGACUUGAAUCAAAAGAAUUUGGAUCGUUGCAGAAAAAAACUUUCACGCAACCAUUUCCGGUUCUUACACUGUAGCACACAUUCCAACCAAUUUGUUUGCUUAAUUUUAUGACGACAAUCAUGAGUAGCGUUUUGCGAACUGCAAAUUUUGUGACAAAUUUUCAUCUUAGUACAAAACUUAUUUCUAUUAAUCACACUUUUACUUCGUUGCACUUAAAACAACUUAGCUCUCUCUUUCUUUCUAUCAAACUGAUUUUCUCUUUAAGCAAAAAUCCCGUUUAUGUAAAAUAAAACGAAACGAUCGGUUUACAAAAAAAAAGUUGGUCCAAACGAUAUCUCCUCGACAGAUUGAAUUAGAUAGAUUCUAACCUAGAAGCAGCAGACAGGGCAGGAUAACAAAAAGUAAAACAAACAAAAAAUACUAAGAACGAUUAAAAUGUGAUCCAAUAUUUACGAUGCGGCGCGAACACGUCGAGUUGUUAAGUUUAAGGCGUGUGGUGAGUUUCCUAUUAGGUUGAUUUGUUUUAUUUCGUAAUUUUUCAAAGCAACAUCCCAGUACAGUAGCUUUUGUUGUUGAAGGGAAAUUGUUUAGGAAGCUGAAAUCCUACUUAAAAAAAAGUUUAAAAUAGCAUGGUGCCACGAAGCAAUGAAUUGAGCUACAAAUAAAAUUUUACCACUUUUAUUUAAA